AUGGAGAAGGAGAGAGGGCUACCCGAAGCUGGAGUUGUUAAUCAACCCUUGCCUUCGGAGGAAGAGAUGGAAGAAGCUUCGCAAAGAAGUGUCCUGGCCAUUUCGAAUCCUAAGGAAACUAUUCAAACAGAAUCCUAUGAGGGACCCAUCAUGGUUGCUUUGAAGGAGGUGGAAGCGAAGAAGCUGUCGAAAACGGCUGAAGAGAAGAAGAAAAAGAAAAACAAGGAGAAGAGGGCAGAAAGAGAUGAAGAAGCCCAGCCAAGGAAGGAAAAAAAAGAAAGAAAAUCGAGUGAGAAGAGGGAACGCAGGUGGGAGGAGAAGCGUCUGAAGAAGAAGGAAAAAAAGAGAAAGAGGGCUGAGAACCCAGAGGUCGAUGGAGAAUCAACCACCACAAGGGUGGAUGAAAGGGUGUCAACGUAA